AAUUUGUUAUAAAUAAAAACAACAGCUGCUUGUGCACUGAUAUCGAUUUUACGUUUUUCAAACUAAACUUUUGAUAAAAUGGUGAAAAAUUUAUCAUUUAGUAAUAUUUAACUUCAAUAUUUAUUUGUACCUGAUAACGACGUGACAAGUGAUUGCCUGAGGACCAAUCCAAUUCGUUAGCAACAUGGAUUUCGACAGCCCGGACGUGGAGAAGGAUUUCCCCGGAUUGUACGCAUCGGAGACUGGAGGCAAAAGCAAAAAGGACGAAAAAGAUUUCGUUGAAGCGGAACCAGAAAAAGUGAGCAAAAAAGAACUGCUGAUUGGCCGCAGGAAGGACAAAAAGGAGAAGAAAACUGCCUACGCUGCCCUGGAAGGGGAAAGCUCUCCAGAGGAGGAAUUGGAAACAAAAAGUCCAUCCAAAUCUAAAAAAUCCAAGGCUUUCAAGUUUCCCUCCAAAAGCAAGGAAAAGCGUGAGAAAUCCCGCGAAAAAGAAAAGGACAAACCGGAAACAUCAAAAGUAGAAGAAACUAAACAACCAGAAAAGGCAGAAAAAGAAAAGAAGAAAGAUAAGGACAAGAAAGAGAAGGACAAAAAGGAUAAAUCAAAAGAUAAGAAAGAUAAAAAGUUGAAGCAGAGCAGUGUUAGUGAAGAAGUCUUGGAAUUGGGAGAUGCUCAACCCAUAUUUGGUGUAUCGCUUGGAUUGGCCGUCGAACGGAGUCGUUGUCACGAUGGCAUCAAUCUCCCAUUGGUGGUUCGCGAUUGCAUUGAUUAUUUACAGGAACACGGUCUACGAAGCGACCAGUUAUACAAAGUAGAUGCAGUUAAAUCGAAGCUUCAACAACUCAAAAAACUAUACAACAAUCGCGAAGGAAGUUUCGUAAGCGAGUUCGACGUUCCAACGGCCUGUGGACUGUUGAAAUUGUUCCUCCGUGAACUUCCUGAACCGAUCCUGACCACCGAUCUAUCGACACGAUUCGAAGAAGCUGCCUCCCAUUCACAAGUAUCCCAACAGGAACAAGAGCUGGUUAGCCUGGUAGACCAGUUGCCCAGCUGUAACAGGACUUUGUUGGCGUGGGUGAUUCUUCACUUGGAUGCCAUCACUCAGAAUGAAUCCCACACGAAGAUGAACGCACAAAACAUUGCCAUGCUGCUGAGUCCGACGUUGCAGAUGUCCCAUCGCUUGUUUGUGGCACUGCUUUGCCAUUGUAACAAUUUGUUUGCCGAUACGGAACUACUGAAAUAUGUUCCUCCAAUCACUGCAUCAAGUCCCAAUUUGCCGGAAACACCGGACGAAAUUUCAAUAGAGUUGAGAAAACAGGAAAGUCUACUGGCACAAAUACACGCUGAAAUGAAUGCGGGAUUUGUAUCGAAGAAACGAGAGGAGCAACUAUGGGAAGUGCAACGAAUCAUUACACAACUCAACAGAAAACUCAAAUCUUUCGAGAAGAAAUCUGAUGGCGCUCAGAAAAGUUUAGACGAUACUGUUGAUGGUGAUAUCUCGAUUGAUCUGAAUAAAGCAAAGCUGUCCUGUUCGGAGGAUGAAUCGUCCAUCAAAACGGUGGCCGGUAUAUCAACGGAAUCGGCCACAAACACUGAGACGAAAAAUACUCCUCACGAGACGCCCGAAGACUCGGCAUUAAUUGAACAAAAAAUCAGUGAAAUUGAAUCACCUGAGCACGCAAAACCGGAGCAAACUUCGACCGUUACUUCCACCAACGCCGAACCCGCUAAAAUAAGUGACAAAGUUGCCGUUACCGACAAUGGAUUUAUGCUGCUCCCAGAGAACCAUCCCGACUAUCUGCUACUCAUCCGUUUACAGCUGGAAAACCAAGAACUGUUGAACUGGAAGGCACAGCUGCAGGCCCGUAUCAAUGCAGAACGUGCAGAAAUUGUCCGCAUGAAGCGAUUGUUGGUCACUGAUAACGGAGUAGCGCCCCACGGUCCGAGCAGUUUAGAUUGCACUGUCAGUGAUAAUGACGAUUACGAACGUUUGGUGACUCAUUAUGCCAAGGAAAAUGCUCUACUAGAGCAGAAGCGACAAAUGCUAGCGAAAGAGAUAUUUGAAGAAAGCAAAGCUUUGAUUCAGAUGCAAGUAGAUCUCGCUUUAAAUCGUUAUAAAAUUUAAACCGCUGUCUGUUGAAUUGAAUGCAGUCUUCUCUCUAUUUAGGAUUAAGCAUGUCAUAAUGAUUUGUGUAAUACGAUGUAAAUAAUAUAUAUUAAUGAAUAAUAAAUGUAUCCAGUUAUUCGUGAACCACCGUA